AUGCCGAGGACCUCUGCGAGGAAGUCGCCGAUGAGAGGAGCAGCUGAGGAGGAGGAGAACGCGCCCUGGACGCCCCAAUGCAGCCCCGACCCGCCGCUGCCCCGCCUGAUCCUCUCCGUCGACCACCGCCGUCGUCGGUAUCUUCCAAAACUGCAGCAAAACCGAAAGCUACGCACAGACAAAGUAGCCAUGGAUGGAGCCCUCGAGCUGGCGCUGUUCCACGGGCAGGAUCGCAGCCUGUUCCACCGGCUGGUGCGGGACCUGUCUCAGGACGCCGAGAGCAUGCGGUGGGUGAUGGCGUUCUGGCUCUGGCUCGAAUCGGCGGGGCACCACAACUUCAUCCACCGCGUCUCCGCGAUGCCAGGCCCCGUCGUGCGGCGCUUCGUCGAAGAGGCGCUCGCCUGCCUCGCGCGCCUCGCCGGCCGGAAGCUGGCCGGCGCCGGCGAGCUCCUUCCCUGCACGAACGCGCUCCUGGCCGAGCGCAUCGAGAAUGUGAGCUACUUCGACGAGCGCCGCGGCGAGGUCGCGCCCAGCGUCAGGUCCCUGUACAAGAACAUCUGCCGCGUCGUCUUCAACGACGCCUGCCUCGCCGACGACGCCGUCUUCCUGCCGAGGACCGCCACCACUAACAGAGUCGGUGGCAGUGGCACCUCCGCGCCGCGCGCCGUCGGCACGCCCGUGGUGGCCGCGUUCGCCGGUACCGCCCCAGUGGUCCGCAACCGCAACACGGCGGCGGUGUCUUUCUCCCAGCUGAACGCGAUGGCAGCACCGUGGUGCCCUAUCCCUAUCCGUGCGGCGGCGUAUGAGCAGCAGCAGCAGCAGCAGCCGCAGCAGGAGGCCAUCAGCCCCAUACCGGAGGAGUUCCGCUCGCUCUUCAUCACCUUCUCCCGAGGCUACCCCAUCAGCAAGGAGGACAUCGAGGAGUUCUUCAACGCGAUUCACGGGCCGUGCGUGGAGGCAGUGAUGGUGGAGAGGGCGCCAUCGGGGCAGAUGCCGGUGUACGGGAGGGUGGUGCUGCGCAGCCCGGACAUGAUCCCGCUGCUGCUCGGCGGCCAGCAGACGGCCAAGUACAUUAUCAAGGGCAAGCACCUCUGGGCCAGGAUCUUCGUGCCCACCGCUAGGCACCCGACCAUCUCUGCUUGA